AUCUUUGAGGAUGAAAGCAUGAAACUACGACAGCUGAAACUAGAGAAUCAGAGAGCUCUUCUAGAGAAGAAGCAGAGGAAGAAACGUCUUGAUCCGUUGAUGGUACAACCAAAUCCUGAGGCAAAGCUGCGUAGGUCAAAGCCCAAAGGGUGUGAGGAGCAGACCCCUUUAGUAGAAACUCCUACCCCUUUCCACAGUGAUGUUAUGUUACAUGGCAUUGAUGGACCAGCUGCUUUCCUGAAAUCAGAAGUGCAAGAUUUGGGGACCAAGCUCCAAACUCUUUCUGCUGGAUCUUGCAAAACAGAAGACAAUGCAGAUCAGGAAAAUGAUGGAGAGGCUCUAACAGACACAGCAGGCAAGCCAGAUCUUCAAGAAAUCUUACAGAAACGAGGAAUUUCAGGCAGUUUGAAUUUUGACGAGGAGGACACAGAAGAGGAAGAAGCUAGUAAGAGACCAGCAUCUCAUUCACCGUAUCCUGAAUCUGAGAGGCCUAGUUCUGCAACCAGCGAGAAAUCUUUUGCAGAAACAGGUGCUUCCUGUAGUCCAUCCCCUCAGGCAGAUGCACAGCUGGGAGAAGUAGAGAACUUGGAGGAUUUUGCAUUACGCCCUGCACCCCGUGGUAUUACAGUCAAGUGUCGAAUCACUAGAGAUAAGAAGGGAAUGGACCGGGGCCUCUUCCCUACUUAUUACAUGCAUCUGGAAAGGGAUGACAACAGAAAGACAUUCCUUCUUGCAGGGAGAAAACGAAAAAAGAGCAAAACAUCCAAUUACCUCAUAUCAGUUGACCCAACUGAUUUAUCCCGGGAAGGGGAAAGUUUCAUUGGAAAACUCAGGUCAAACCUCAUGGGAACUAAAUUUACAGUCUAUGACCAUGGAGUUAGCCCAGUCAAGGCACAAGGUCUAGUGGAAAAGGCUCAUACCAGACAGGAGCUUGCAGCUAUUUGUUAUGAAACCAAUGUGUUAGGAUUCAAGGGUCCCAGAAAAAUGUCUGUGAUCAUUCCAGGAAUGAAUAUGAAUCAUAAGCGAAUUCCAAUCCGUCCACGAAAUGAACAUGAGAGUCUGCUGUCAAAAUGGCAAAACAAAAAUUUAGAGAAUCUCAUUGAGUUGCACAACAAGGCUCCAGUCUGGAACGAUGAUACUCAAUCCUAUGUUUUGAACUUCCAUGGGAGAGUCACUCAGGCCUCAGUGAAGAACUUCCAGAUUGUCCAUGACAAUGACCCUGACUACAUUGUGAUGCAGUUUGGUCGUGUAGCAGAAGAUGUGUUCACUCUGGACUAUAAUUAUCCUCUCUGUGCUCUUCAGGCCUUUGCUAUUGGACUCUCCAGCUUUGAUAGUAAAUUGGCCUGUGAAUGAGAGACAACAGACUUGAAACAUGGAACUCACUCCCAUCCCUGCAUCUUGUUGUAAGAGUUCCAGGUGCAGUAAUGAAAAGCACAUUGGGGAUGGAACGGAACUGGAGGACAGACUUCUGCAGGCUUAUUAGAAAGUAAAUACCAGGCCUCAGAGCAUUAUGGUAGUUGACAGUAGACCGUCUUAGGAGACUGUCCCAAGACUGAGCAGUCUCUGUACGCAUUGUGGAAGAACAAGAAAUAUGGGUGAUGUUUUUGUCAUCGGUGUUGAUUCUGCUUUCAGAAUCCUUUUAACAGAUGCUGCAUGAGAGUGGGCUAAGGAAUUUAGCCCACUAAUUGGAACCCCUUGCAGCUAGGAUUAGAAAAAUAAUGGUUUAGUGUUCAUAUACCUUGGAACUUCCACAGUGCCCCGGAGAUGAUGCUACUGAUCUGAUCAUGAACUCUUGAGUUCCUGAUCAGAUGAAUUCAGAAAAAAGGAGGACAGUUAUUGGCAUGUGUUCUUUUUUGCGCUGUGUAGCAUUUU